AUGUCCGGGCAAAGGCAGCGCGAUGUAGGCCUGGAAGUGGGCAUCGCCGCCGUGGCAGGCAUAAUCGAAGACGUAGAUAGACGUAGUAGUGCAAGCACGAGAGCACGUAUACAUGUAACGUUAGCUGCUGCAGAGGCUUCCUUCCCCAUCUACAUACCACACCGCAUCCGACGACGAUGGCGCUCCACCAAGAGCAAAAUCCAUUCGAGGCAGACUCCUACCAGCUCAAUAGCCUCCGUAGAAACAUCUUUCAACCCGGCAGACACCAUACGCGCCCUCCGAACACACCACUGGAGCCAUUUCGAUGCUCAAUAUCUCUUGCUCGCCAUCAUAGGCAUUUUCAGCUUAUGCAUGAUCCAAUCCCCUGGACCGCUCAUGAAAACCGUCGUGGCUACACUGCUCAUGACGAGCUUAGUCAUACCCAUAACGAGGCAAUUCUUUUUGCCAUUCUUACCCAUUGCAGGCUGGCUCAUCCUUUUCUACGCAUGCCAGUUCAUCCCAGGAGAGUACAGGCCCGGCAUCUGGGUGCGAGUGCUCCCUGCAAUGGAGAACAUCCUCUAUGGAGCAAAUCUCAGCAACAUCCUCGCAGCACACAAGAAUGCGCUUCUUGAUGUGCUCGCGUGGCUACCAUACGGUAUCACACAUUUCGGUGCACCCUUCGUGUGCUCCGGUCUCAUGUUCAUUUUUGGACCACCGGGCACCACACCUACCUUUGCCCGAGCAUUUGGAUACAUGAACAUGACCGGAGUCAUCAUACAGAUUCUAUUUCCGUGCAGUGCCCCAUGGUACGAGAACAUGUACGGUCUUGCACCCGCGAACUACUCAAUACCUGGAUCUCCAGCGGGCCUUGCAGCCAUCGACAAGCUUUUCGGCGUCGACCUCUACACCUCGACCUUCACCGCAUCUCCUCUGGUCUUUGGUGCCUUCCCAUCACUCCACUCAGCAAACGCCACCAUCGAGGCAUUGUUCAUGUCUCACACUUUCCCAAAGCUGAGACCGCUAUUCAUCCUCUACACCCUCUGGAUGUGGUAUGCGACCAUGUACCUGAGCCACCACUACGCCGUAGAUCUCGUGGGCGGCAGCAUAAUUGCAUCUAUUGCAUACUUUAUUGCAAAGGGCAGCUUCUUGCCACGACUGCAACCGGGCAAGAUGUUCCGCUGGGACUAUGACUACGUGGAGCAUGGCGAAGAGCCAGAGAAGUACGCAUACGGGCUCACGGACCUGGACGAGUACGAACUGGCACUUCACGGCGACAGUGAUGAAUGGACAAUUGGAUCAUCCUCCAGCUUCUCGAGCAGCAGCCGCGAGCCAUCAACUGGCAUGCGAUCACCGAUCGCAGAUAGCGACUCAUGGGAAGGUGACACAUUGGCUUCCUCAUCCGAUAACGAGUAUCAGAAAGCAUAGGUGCUUUUUUGCCCACUCGAACAUGAUCGAUCUUUCGCAUUCGCCACAUGAUUGGCGAUAAUGAAUGUGACGACCAACAACAGCAUUGCAUGGAGCUUUGUUUUACCCAUUUUGACGAGCAUUUUCGGCGCUUCAUCCACACCUUCAGCAAAGUUGAGGACUUUUGGAACCUGAGCAAGGCACGGCGCAAUUUGUCUUCCUGAGCGCUUCGGACCGGCGAAGAGCGUUUUAUUCGAAGAUACCCUACAUUCGCUUUUGUGUAUUUGUAUAGCGACAUUCGCUUAGGAGUGAUGUGCUGCAGCGAUGGAGCAAGUGGAUCUGGCGGCAUGUGCAUAUGGCAAAGAUGCAUAGAUUUUUGGCAUAGAAAGUCUAGGCGCCAUGACAGCGAUGGCGUGGAUAUGACCUGGGCUCAAGAGGUCGUGAAGAGGUGGGAACGGGCUACGACCUGAUGCUGCAUAAUAUUCCCAUCAGAGCAGCGGGAAUUGUAUAGAAUCAUAAUACAGCGCGCAUGUGACAGCACUCGGAAGAGUGGAGUCGACUUC